AUGAAAAUUUCAAAUUUAUUUUUAGUCAUUCCUUUGAUAUCCAAAUUUACAUUUGCUGCUCCUACAAAUAACGAGAUAAGAGAUGAUAGUGAUGAUAAUGAUGUGGUAGUUGUUCAUUUAAAAACUACUAUUCAACAAACUCAAACAAAUUAUCAUACUGUUAAUGCUCCAACUUCAACUUACACAAAUGUAAUAAUGAGUACAAGUACAAAAACGGUCACCUCAUAUACUGCUACUGUUACAAGUACUAUAUUUGGUAAACCACAUACAUUUACAACUGUUGCUACUACACCUGUUUCGGCUGCUGAUGUUCAACCAAUUAGUGAAAAUGAAGUAAAACCAUCAUCAACUGAAGAAAACGAAACUGCUCAAGAAACAAUUCAUCAAGAAACUACACAACAACAAGGAACAGCUCAAGAGCAGCAAGAAACCUCAACUACACAAGAAGCAAAUGAAACAACCUCAACUUCAACUUCAAUAAGUAGUUCAUCUUCAUCUUCAUCUUCAUCUUCAUCUUCAACAGUUCAAAUUAAAGCUCAACCAGCAACAACAGCUAAUUCACCAGCUGCAACUACAACAGCAAGUUCAGAAUCCACUUCAUAUUCAUCAAUUCAAGCACAAGCAUCAACUACAUCGAAUUCACCAAUUGCUACUACAACAUCAGAAAUAGAACAAAAUGAUACAGAAACUACAAACUCUGAAGGUCCAACGAUAACGGAAGGUCAAUCAAUUCCAACAUCUACUGAUUCUUGGAUAAUUGAUAAUGUAACUACUGUUACUUCAGAUGGUGUAUGUUAUGUAGAUUAUGAUUAUUAUUAUGCUGGUGAAACAGAUUUUGAUGAAACUACAACAUUGACAUCUACAAUCUAUACAACAAUAACUCAAGCAUAA